AUGGACUUGAUCCCGAACUUUUCCAUAGAAACCUGGAUCCUCCUAGCUACCAGCCUGGUGCUCCUCUAUCUAUAUGGGACCCAUUCACAUGGACUGUUUAAGAAGUUGGGAAUCCCUGGCCCCAAACCUCUGCCUUUUCUGGGAACUAUUCUUGGUUACCGCAAGGUGAGUGGUUUUGCAGAUUUUGACAUAGAGUGCUAUAAGAAAUACGGAAAAAUGUGGGGGUUAUAUGAUGGUCGACAGCCUGUGCUAGCUAUCACAGAUACAGAUAUGAUCAAAACGGUGUUUGUGAAAGAAUGUUAUUCUGUCUUCACAAACCGGCGGUUUCUUGGACCAAUAGGAUUUAUGAAAAAAGCUGUCUCCAUAUCUGAGGAUGAAGAAUGGAAGAGAAUACGAACAUUGCUGUCUCCAACCUUCACCAGUGGGAAACUCAAGGAGAUGUUACCCAUCAUUACCCAAUAUGCAGAUAUGCUGGUGAAAAAUUUGAGGAUGAAAGCAGAGAAAGACAAUGCCAUCACCAUGAAAGACAUCUUUGGGGCCUACAGCAUGGACGUGAUCACUGGCACCUCAUUUGGAGUGAAUGUCGAUUCCCUGAACAACCCACAGGAUCCUUUUGUUGAGAAAACCAAGAAACUCUUAAAAUUUGAUUUCUUUGACCCAAUACUCUUCUCAGUAGUACUGUUUCCAUUCCUUACAUCGUUUUAUGAGGCACUAAAUAUUUCCAUGUUUCCAAAAGAUGUUACAGAUUUUUUAAAAUCUUCUGUAGAACGAAUGAAAAAAGAUCGCCUCCAGGAUAAAACAAAGCACCGAGUGGAUCUCCUUCAGCUAAUGAUUAACUCCCAGAAUUCCAAAGACACAGAGUCCCAUAAAGUUCUAUCUGACCUGGAGAUUGUAGCCCAGUCAAUUAUCUUUAUCUUUGCUGGCUAUGAGACCACCAGCAGUGCUCUUUCCUUCGUUACAUACUUAUUGGCUACUCACCCUGAUGUUCAGAAGAAAUUGCAAGAGGAGAUUGAUGUGACAUUUCCCAACAAGGCACCUGCCACCUAUGAUGCCCUGGUACAGAUGGAGUAUCUAGACAUGGUGGUGAAUGAAACACUCCGAUUGUACCCUAUUGCUGGCCGACUUGAGAGGCUCUGUAAGACAGAUGUUGAAAUAAAUGGAGUGUUCAUUCCCAAAGGGACUGUGGUGAUGGUACCAAGCUACGCUCUUCACCGAGAUCCAAAGUUGUGGCAAGAGCCUGAUGAGUUCCACCCUGAAAGGUUCAGUAAGCAGAACAAGGACAGCAUUGAUCCGUACAUAUACAUGCCGUUUGGAAAUGGACCCAGGAACUGCAUUGGAAUGAGGUUUGCUCUCAUGAACAUGAAAGUCGCUCUCGUCAGAGUCAUACAGAACUUCACCUUCAAAACUUGCAAGGAAACACAGAUCCCUGUGAAAUUAGGCAAACAAGGACUUCUUCAAGCAGAAAAACCCAUUGUUCUAAAGGUUGUUCCAAGAGAUGGGAUCAUAAGUGGAGCCUGA